UCAGCGGGGUGCGCGGGGGGGGGGGGCGGACCCAGAACAACGGCCGGCGGAAGGGGCUUGGUCCGCGGUGCGAGGAGGACCUUGUGUGAGGGAGAGCCCGACCGCCUGCGAAGCGCCUCGCGUGUUUGUCUCCGCCUGCGUCGCCACGUCUCAGAAGAGCACAUUUCAAACCCCCGGGAAAGAAGUGUGCCUCACAGAUCCUUUGAUGUGUCCUGUCCCCAGUGCUGUUCACCGAGAGCCCCUCUGCUGUGAGUCCCAGUCCAGAUUUGGGGGCCGCCUACCGGUGCCCAGGGCUGAGGCAGCACUACCUUACUGGGUCCCUCUGUCCCUGAGACCCCAAAAGCAGAUCCAAAAGAUGGUCCAGACUGAUAUCCCCAAAGCCACCAAGGCGUGCCCCUGCCCAGAUCACCACUCUGGGGGCUAUCUACCGGUGCCUAGGGAUCAGGCUGUGAUGCCCUACUGGGUGCCCCGGGUCCUGAGGUCUUGCAAGAAGAUCCAAAAUAUGGUCCAGACUGAUAUCCCCAAAGCCACCAAGGAGUGCCCCUGCCCAGAUCACCACUCUGGGGGCUAUCUCCCAGUGCCUAGGGAUCAGGCUGUGAUGCCCUACUGGGUGCCCCGGGUCCUGAGGUCUUGCAAGAAGGUGGUGAGAAGGCAGCGGAGUUUUAAAAGCAUUAAAGAAUCCCCCCUGGACUCACACUCCUGGCACCACCGCUGGCGGAUCUGCUGCAGCAGACACCUCCUCCUCAAGUGGCUGCAGCUCCAGGCCCUUCACCAGGAAGGGCAGCUGGUCCCGGAGAGGAGAGUGGUCCCCCAGCCCUCCUUCCUGCCUCUCUGCCUCAGCAUCCUGGCUUUCCUCCAGGCUGUCUUGAGGGCUUUCUCGUUCAUUCGCCAUUUCUGGGGCGUUUGAAGCUGGAAUCUUCAGCUAGUAUCAAGAACUUCAACAAAAAUGUCAAUCAUAAUCAAGGUCUUUAAUGAAAGUUGUUAAAUCAGGAGGAGUCUGUGAUAGCCACUCUUUUCACAGAUCACAUAAUUCACACCCAAGACUCAAUCCAAGUUAUUUCUCAUGGGGGGAUUCUUGGUUGUACAGAGUUGCUGUGAAUGCGGGUGAGAUUCUGUUAUAAAUGUAAUCAAUAAAUGUUAUUUGUGAAAC